GAAAAAAAACAUCACAAUACAAACAAAAAUACCCGAGAAACACUACACAAUGGCAGACAUUCCGGAAAAAAGUUCUUACUAUAAGAAGGAAAGAAGAAAGUUCGCUCUGAUCACUUACCUGCUAACCGCGAUAUUCCUGAUCAUGGCGCUGUUGCAGUGGGCCACUUUCCGCUUUAUAAAUUUUCUAAGGGAAUUUUUUACUUCAUACCAUUGGGUGAGCUGCCUUAUUUUUGGAAUAGGCCUGAUACUCCUGGUGCUUUUCAUAUUUUUCGAGGUACUGCGCUUUAAUAAAAUGGUAAACUGGUUGUUUGCAGUCCUAAUUUUUGAAUGCAUUGUACUGGGGAUUGCACCGCUGGUCGCCCGCCACUACAAGUAUCAGUUUCUCUUCAGCUUCCUUAUAUGGACCGUAGCAUUGGCGCUCUUUAUUUUAUGUGGUUCCUUUCUUCCGCUGGAUCUUACUUUGGAUGUGGUGGUGCUAUUUGUACUCGCAGUGGUUUCCAUUAUCGGCGCCAUAUACUUUGUGAUGCUUUACAUCGUGGCUAAUGUCGCAUACUCGUUUAUCAUCGCCCGUUGCUUUAUAGUGAUCAGCAUCUUGAUGUUUGUCAUGUAUCACGCGCAGAUUAUAAACGGUGGAAGGUUCGCCGAGAUGCGCACGAAGGACUACUUCCUGGCAGCCCUCAUACUGUUCCUCGAUUUCCUGCUCCUCUACCUUUUCUCGUUCCAAGUGGCCCCAAAAUGGUCGGACCGUUGCGAUCGCGAACGUUCGAAAAACUUGGUUCUGUUCACAGAAACUACGACGAAUUCGUAUCCACCAAAAUGGUGGCGUACGAGCACGAAGGAUACCCCCUAAAGUCGUUAGCCAACACUGCCGCCCGUUUGGCGCCAAACACAACAGCCAGCUGAUUUCAUUUCGCGUUCCUUCCGGUGAAGA